UCUCUCUCUCUCUCUCUCUCUCUCUUUCUUUUCUCUCUCUCUCUAUCUCUCUCUACAAUUUCUCUGUCACAGACACAGACACAGACUCAGACUCACUUCAAAGUUUCUCUUCCAGCUGAACGCUGCAGAAGAUGUUCAAAAAAUUUUCAUCUGAAGAUGUGUCUGCUCAGAACCAAGUGAAGGCGUCUGUUCAACGAAAAAUUCGGCAAAGCAUCGCAGAAGAGUACCCUGGCCUUGAAUCAGCGUUGGAUGAUAUACUUCCCAAGAAGUCCCCUCUUAUAGUUGCUAAAUGUCAGAACCAUCUCAAUCUUGUUCUAGUGAACAACGUGCCUUUGUUUUUCAGUGUCCGCGAUGGACCUUACAUGCCCACCUUGCGACUUCUCCAUCAAUAUCCAAAUAUAAUGAAGAAAUUACAAGUUGAUCGCGGUGCAAUAAAAUUUGUCUUGGCGGGUGCAAACAUAAUGUGUCCUGGUCUUACAUCUCCUGGGGGUGCUUUGGAUGAGGAAGUGGAUGCAGAAAGUCCUGUGGCCAUCAUGGCUGAAGGAAAACAGCAUGCUCUUGCUAUUGGCUUUACAAAAAUGUCAGCAAAAGACAUAAAAGCAAUCAACAAGGGAAUUGGGGUCGACAACUUGCAUUAUCUCAAUGAUGGUCUUUGGAAGAUGGAGCGACUAGAUUGAAGAAUUUGCAAGAGCUACAAUGACAACUAAUGAUUGAUGAAUUCCUGUUUUGUGGACCUUGAUCCAGAAUUCAGGGAUCCUAUGCAAACUUGGUUAUUUAUUUUCUUAUACCGGUGUAAACAGUAAAGAAAUGAAUUUUGUUGCACAGAUUGCUCUCUUUUAGUAAUUAUGUAGAUUUUAUGUAACUUGUGGAAUACACUGUGAGUGUUGACAAAUACAAAGUUUUGUUAAAUUCCCGUACUCCUGCUGAAUAUUGGAACUACGAGCUUUAGGGUUUCAAACUUGGUGAAACCUGUUGAUCGUUCGUUCUUCCAUGUG